AUGACAUCAAACGGUUUUUCUAUAUAUACGAGAGUUGGCUGUCUGUGUGGAUCUGGGCUGGAAUCUCGUGACCAUGUGUUCCUGCAUUGUAGCGUUGCUGCUCAGAUAUGGGCAGCCAUUCUCCCUCGCCUUGGCCAACAGAACCUCACUCUCCAUAACUGGGAUUCUCUUAUCGCUUGGAUGCUCACUGACACGCCAGGCCUCUCAGCAACGGUAAAGAAGCUUCUUGUUCAGGCGUUAGUUUUCCUCCUGUGGGGAGAAAGGAACAGCAGACUCCACAAUGGUUCUUCUGCAUCCACAUCUGUUUUGUUUAGUAGGAUCGACAGGACUUUGAGGGACACCCUCCUUGCUCGCUUACCCCAUAAGCGUUGUCAAGGACUCUUAUCUCAGUGGUUUAGGUUCGCCUAG